UCCCCCCCAAAAAAAAGACAAUAUUAAAUAAUUUUUUUUUGGAUCUGAUCGGAGUUUCAGUUUUUCCACUUAGGGCUGAAAAAGUAGAGAUUGAGAGAGAGUCUGGAGUCGAUGGCGGCGACAAGACGGUUGAUUACAGUGGCUGUUAUAUGGAUUAUGGUUCUGAUUGGAACCCUAGCAAUCAUUCAGAGUCAAUUGAGUGCCACAGUCUCAAUUGAGCAGAAGACUAUCAAUACCACGCUUGAAAAGGAAAGCAAGUCAAAGGAGGAUUUAGAUGGAGUGACACACAAAGUCUAUUUUGAUGUCGAAGUGAGCGGAAAACCCAUUGGCCGCAUUACCAUGGGUCUCUUUGGGAAAACAGUUCCUAAAACCAUAGAAAACUUCCGGGCGCUUUGCACGGGGGAGAAGGGGAGGGGAAAGAGUGGGAAACCUCUUCAUUACAAAGGGAGUGCAUUCCAUAGGAUUAUUCCCAGCUUUAUGAUCCAGGGAGGUGAUUUUACCCUGGGUGAUGGACGAGGUGGAGAGUCAAUCUAUGGUGAGAGGUUUGCUGAUGAGAACUUUAAACUGAAUCACACUGGUCCAGGAGUUGUGUCAAUGGCAAAUGCUGGGCCUGACUCCAAUGGAUCGCAAUUCUUCAUUACAACAGUAGCAACUCAUUGGUUGGAUGGCAAACAUGUUGUGUUUGGCAAGGUGCUUUCUGGGAUGGAGGUGGUCUACAAAAUUGAAGAGCUGGGAAGUGGGAACGGGGCGCCCACUCAAAAAGCUGUCAUUUCAGACAGUGGUGAACUGCCUCUAUAAUUACUGUUUUCAUCUUUUGUUGUAUAAUAAAAUUGUUACUAUGUACCACGUGAUCAUUAUGUAUUAUGAACUCAGAGACGAGUCCGAUAACUUCGGUUCACUUAUGGUGUGCAGCAGAAGUUGGGAAAAGGCCUUACAUGAAAAAACUUCAUAAUAUAGGUCUAUGGAAGCAUGUAACUUUUACAUAUAUUGCCUUAUAGACUAUUGAAUUCCAGUUGUUACAAA